AUGUCGGCCUGGCGCGCUCGGUCAGUAUUUCCUCCAUUCAUCAUCAUCAUCAUCAUCAUCAUCAUCAUCAUCAUCAUCGUCGUCGUCGUCGUCAUCGUCAUCGUCAUCAUCAUGGCACACCUGGGCCAUCUCGACCCCCUUGGCCGCCAGCUCCUGGGCCGCGGGCUAACUCACCUCGCGCGUGAUGCCGCCCACCGCAAAUUCCUUGGACAGCGCCGCGUCGCCCAGCACGGCCCGGGUGACGGAGUCGCCCUGGUUGCCUGGGCGCCAAAGACUGCAAGGAUCUUCUUGGUCAUGUUGCUGUUUGGUUUGAUGCAGUGGCUUGAAGAGGGUGGACGCCUUGGCCUGCUUUUUGUGCAAUGA